GCGUUCUAUUUCUGCCCGUGACACAGACCUCGCCGAACCCAGUGCCACUUGUUAAGCCGAACCAGCAGCAGCUAGUACGCCUCUCUAUACGGAUCUUCAAAAUGUCUCAAUUGCCAGUUUACAACCCGCCUUCCCCCUUCCUCGGUUACCUGCCGGCCGGAUUGGGUCUGUACCGGAAGGUGGUCAUCCGCGGAAAGAUGACUCAUGAUCAGUUCAACAUCAACCUGCAGGCCGGUCCCAACGUGAACCCGCGGGACGACGCUCCUCUGCACAUCAGCAUCCGGCCCAAGGAUCAGGUCAUCGUGCGGAACACGUACCAGUUCAAGAGCUGGGGCAUUGAGGAACGCCACGGUGGCUGCCCGAUCCAGAAGAAGUCCUACUUUGACAUUCAGAUCACGGUCAAGCCGGACUCGUACAGUAUCGCCGUGAACGGAUGUCACUUUUGCGAGUUUGCCCACCGGCAGCCCUACGCCUCGGUCCGAUUUAUCCACAUUGGGGAGGGGGCACAGGUUGACGCCAUGAUCACCGAAUAGAUAAGGAAUGCGGUGGCGCGACACGUCGUCCGUUGAUAAGUUUUUGAGUGGAAGUUAAUCCCCUGCGAAGGGGAUUUUAUUUUUUAAUUUGCUUGUGUGAGGAAAAAUAUAAAUUAAGUAAUAAAGUGUUUCUGACAGAUUACACAA